GUGGAAUAUGUCUUGGACCAAAACCGACCUCCAGGAGAACUCCUAGUGAAGGAAGACAAAAUCUGCCUAACUCGGGAAGACUUUUGGAGCCUGGGUUUGGAACAGUCCAUGGAAUCUACUAUUGGCAACGCUUGUCUGAAGAUUGUGGGGGAAGCUGCACAAAGACAUGGAAAAGAUGUUCACAUUGCUGACCUCUAUGUCGUGGCCACCUGGAAGGAUCCACAAGUCAACCUGCUGCGUUGCUUGCCGGUAUGUUUUUGUUGGUUUUACUCCUGCAUGUGCAUGUUUACUAAUUUGUACCAAUACAUGUAGGAAAACUUUAGGUCCAAGGACAUCCUGCUUUUUCCUGCUUGGAGUCGGCAGGCAGGUGAAGCUGACCAUUAUCUGCUCUGUGAGAGUAGCAGCCUUUAUUGACUCUGGAUUCUGGAUGGAGAAAACAGGAAGAGACCUUGAGUUCUUUCCCCAGCAGUUCAUGGGAAAUUGCUGCGGCAUCUUUAUGCUGAUGUAUGCUCUCUGCAUCUGCACCUCAUCUCCACCAUCUUUCACAGAGGAGGAAAUGCCAGCAAUUCGCCUGUGGUGGUGUAUUCAGCUGAUGGAGAGAUUCGGCAUUGAGGGGCAUGGACAAAGAUUUGCCUUCUGGACAGAAGAAGCAUCCCUUCUCCUCCAGGGGACUCUCCAGCCUGUCUUCAGGGUACCAAAGGCAACCUCCUCCAAGCCUUCACCAAGUCUAAUCAGACCGGCUGAGGCUGACAGGUGUCUUAUACUGGAGUUGCCAGAACGUGUCCUCAUGGACAUAUUGGAAGAGGUUGUUCUUCUCGAAGGGGAUACAGCGAUCUUCAAACUGGCUCUGGUGUGCUCCAUGUUCAGAGACCUUGUGUCUACUGAAUAUUUCAGAAGACGAGCACACUUCAAGUGGCUUCACAGUGUUUGCACAUGGAGCAGGUUCUCAGAACAGUACAGAGAACAGUACUUUAACAUGUACUCUGUUGAGAUCUGCCUUCAAUGUGGAGACCAGUACAAACACUGCCCCGGAGGGAUGCAACACUCUAUAAUCUUAUAUUGUUGUCAAUACAUACAAUAAAAAUCUCAAUGAUGCAUGACAUAAUGAAAACCAUACCACUUGGAGCCUAUUCUUCUCUGGUUGAUUUUUUUUUUUUUUUUUUUAUUACAGGAUAUGUUGGCAGAGGAAAAAGAGGAGAACUAAGGGCACUUUACUCGGAGGAGAUGCUCCCAGGCUACUGCAGCCACUUUUGCAGCCAAAUGAACAAUUAAUGUGUCUGCUCUGUCGCCGCCCCCGUCUCCACACACAACCACACACUCACACGCACGCACACACACGCACGCACACACACGUCUGUCUUUCUAUCAUAGUGAGGACCCUUCAUUGACUUCCAUUCAUUUUUGUGAUUUCACCAUGCCUAACCCAUACCCCAACCCUAACCAUAACCAACGCUUAUCUUUUCCUAACCCUAACCUUAACUAAAACUUAAUUCACACUAUGCCUCUAACUGGUAUAGUAAGCUUCUGGUAUGCUUCUAAAAAAAGCGAGGACCAAAAAAUGUCCUCACUUUGUAGGGAAAAUGGUCAAAAUGGUCCUCAGUAUGUAGUAUGUACAAGAACACACACACACCACACUGGUUGUAGUGACCAGGUUCCCCAUCAGUGGUUCUCCCACAUCUUGGUUUGUGCUUUGAUGCCUGUUUUUCUUUGUGAGAGUUUUUGAUCAUUCUUCUUGGGAGUUCUAUAGCAAAAACUGUAAUGCUCUUGUGGCAAGGUGGAUAAACGAGGGCCCGGGCGGGAUUCGAUCUCCAGACUCCCGGGUGAGAGUCAUACACUCUAACCAGUCAGCCAAAGGGACAUCCCCUUGGUCAAGUAGCCAGGGCGCAUGAUCAAUCGGGACACUGUGACAGGACACACACUGUAACACUCUGUUUGAGAAAGUGAAUCUGUUGGGCUUGUACCUGGUACUCAGAGUACCACACCGCCAGAAAGGACAGGCUGAAAAUAAAAAGCUUUUUAUUUCCAUCAA